AUGGAUCUCUCUGCCUUGCCAAACAACAACCAUCCUGAUAAAUUCCUACAGCUAGAUGUGAAAUCUUUAGCAAAAAAAUCAAUAUUUUUACAAACCUGGCUAACAAAUUUCCCAGAAACACAUUUUCCAGGGGAACAACAAUGGCACAACAGAGUCUAUUCACAAAGAGAAAAGAGAAAUGUGAGCAACUGCCCUGUCAUAAAACAGAAUGUGGUCCAGCCGGCAGUGAUUGAAAAAGCCCUUGGAAAACACAUUACACCUCUUACCUUGAAAACCACCAUCAAGAGUAAUCCUCUGUACAAUGAUAGCUUCAGUGAGGAAAACUGGGAAGAAAGGAGAAAUCGUCCCUCUUGGACAGUUCAGGACUAUGACAGACAUUUCCUAAACUGUACCCUGGCUCACUAUCUGAAGGAAAAUCCAAAUGAUUUACACUACUGGUUGGAGGAUCUUUACACUCCAGGAUAUGACACCUUGUUGAAAAAGAAAGAGAGAGAAAGAAAACGCUCCAGAUACUGCCGCAUUGGACUGCUUCUAGUGUUGCUUCUUUGUAUCUUGAUAGCUACAGUGACUCUUUGCAUUCUAUUUAUCUGAUACAGCCAAAUUCAGCCAUAGAUACUUUUGACCAAUUCCUUUUUGUAUUAUUUAAGUUUCAAAUGCUAUGACUGUAGAGGUGAGUGGAUUUCUGUUCUUUUGUUUUGGAAGUGU